UGAUUUAAAAAGUCCACCUAAAAUCUGUACGUGUGAGCAAAUUGAUGUGGAAAAUAUAACACAUGAAGUCGCAAAAAAACAUAUAGAUAAACACAAGGCAUUGUUACCUUUGAAACUACGGGAUUUUUCUGUAUAUAAUUGUCCUAAAGUUUCAGUCAAAAACAUCGAUGACUUCGACCUAAAUGACAAGAUUGAUAAACCUGUACCUUUGAAUGAACCAUAUCUAGGUUCAGCCCCUCAUUUAAUAUACCGCACGCCUAUUGUUGGAAGAACCUUACGAGAAAUUACUGAUCAAGCCAUACAACAAUAUAACGAUCCAAUGGAAGCCAUAGUUUGGCUUAGAAAUGUUAUUGAAAGCAUUGGAAUAACAAUGUUAUUUCAAUAUAGUCAAUUCACAGCAAAAACGAUUAAAAACAUACUAAAUGAUCACGAGAAGUUUAUUGAUCAUUAUAAUAAGGCCACAACUUUGUUCUUUUUUCUAUCAAAAAAAUUUAGUGAUUAUCGUUUACGUCAAGAUCCGAUUAAUCUAAUAACUUUAAUGUUUAACGCAUAUAACCAAUCUCAAAAACUGAUGAAUGAUAAAAAACAAUUUAUUCAUCUUAGCAAUGUUUUUAAGGCACGUUUUACAGGCUGUAUGAGUUUGGUAAUGAUGCCAAAAGAUCUAUAUAUAUACAAAAUUUUUAGUGAACUCCGAAGCAGUAAUUUAACUAAAUUAAAAUCUACACAUGAUUUACCAAGUUAUUUAAAGAUACAACAGGAUAUGUUCUAUUCUUUUAUAGAAUGUCAUGAAAAAAUGUUAAAAGGAAAUACUAAUGAGGUAAAUUUAAAAUUAUCUUUAUGAAUAUCUAAAAACUGUAUUUUUUGUUAUUUAAUAAUUUCAAAUAAUUUUUUUUUUCAUAUAUAUUAAUGUAUCAUGAAUUAAACGCAAGUUAACUUAACAAUUUUGUUCAAGUUGAGCAGCUCAACUAUAUGUUAUAACGCUAUAAUUUUUAUAUAAUUAAUGAAUAAUAAUUUAUUAUACUCAAUUAAAAUUCCUGUAGUUAAGGCAUUGAUU